AUGCCGACGGUGGCAAUCGGUAGUCCUUGUUCGUACACCCAACAAUGUCUCGGUGACUCAACUUGCAACGGCGGUUACUGCCAAUGUCCCGGUGGUGGUUCGGCUUUCUAUGGAAAAUGUAGCAAUCCUUCAUGCGGUCAGAAUCAGGUCUACGUCAACAAUCAGUGUUAUCCGAUGGUGGUCGUUGGUGGUUCGUGUAUGAACAACGAGCAAUGCACUGGUUAUUCCCAGUGCACGGGUGGAUAUUGUAGGUGUCCAAAUGGUGCAAUGGCGACCAAUGGCAUGUGCGAUAGAGGAAGCACUGCUUGCAAAUCGUAUCAGGCAAGAGAUUUUCUCUGGAAUAAUCCGUAA